AUGGCAAAAAAGCUGUGUACCUGGUCCUGCUCCUUCAUUAAUGAUCCAGAAAACCUGCCAUUCAAUCUCUAUGGCUCAUGGAAUGCUUCUAUGCUAGAAUCCAGGGAUCUUGUGAAGGCCAUACAUGAACACCUGAUGGGAAUUGGUGAAUAUGUCAGUGCAGCAGCUGUGGUCCGGUUUGUGAACAGUGUGGAGAUUAAGAACCGGUACUCACUGAAGAGGAAUAUAUCAUUGGCAACAGCUCAGCAAUGGAUGCACACGGUUGGUUAUCGCUGGCAAAGGAGCCCUACAGGCCAGUAUGUUGAUGGACAUGAGCACAGCAAUGUGGUGGUGUGGAAACAAGAUGGUACUAAAGAGGAGAGAGAUGGUCCAUGUCCACAAGAGUGCCGCACUGUCAUCUGGUAUCAUGAUGAGUUGACCUUCUAUGCAAAUGAUCAACAGCAUGUCCACUGGGUUCACACCGGUGAGAAUGCUGUCCCACAAUCAAAAGGAGAGGGCGCCUCACUAAUGGUGGCCAAUUUUGUCUCCGCUGACUAUGGUUGGUUGCAGUCGCUUAAUGGAGCAACAGGGAAGGCGCGUGAUGGAUAUUUCACAAAUAGUGAUAUCUUGGAGCAUGCGACAAAGGCAAUGAACAUUCUCAAGGAUCACUUUCCCUAUGACAAACAUAUUCUGAUUUUUGACAAUGUGACAACUCACCUAAAGCGGCCUGAUAAUGCUCUAUCAGCCCAAAAGAUGCCCAAAUUUCCCUCUAAGUCUAUUGGUCCCUCUAACUUUGGUGUCCUUUGGAAUAAGCUUGAUGCCAAUGGAAAGCUGGUUUAUGGUGUGGAUGGAAAGGUUAUAAAGGAGAAAGUGUGGAUGGCACCCCCAGUCACUGUAUUUUCUGAUGGUGAGCAUCCAGAUCAUGCAGCCGGUGUCUUCAAAGGCAUGGUAAGGAUUUUGGAGGAGCACAGGUAUCAUGAUAUUCAAGAAUUACGAGCGGAAUGCCCUAGGUUCAAGUGUUCAAAUGACACUUCUUGCUGCUGCUAUCCUUGUGGUUUUCGAAUUAUUUUUCUUCCAAAAUUUCACUGCGAGCUCAGUCCAAUUGAGCAGUAUUGGGGGCAUACAAAGUGUAUAUACCGAGAUUUCCCUCCCUCUUCAAAGGAGGCUGACCUUGAACAAAACGUAAAGAAAGCUCUUGCUCCUGUUUCAAUUCAAUCUAUACGAUGUGCAACACAUCGGUUUAUGGAUGCUUAUCAAAAAGGAUUGUCUGGCAAGCAGGCAAGUUGGGCAGCAAAAAUUUACCAUGGCCAUCACACACUUUCAGACACCAUCUUAGACCAGCUAGACAACAUCAAGUAA